CAGCAGCCUCGUUCUGUGGGAGUGAAGCAGGCGGGCCGAGGCGUGGAAGGUUUCGGUCCGAUUAUUAUCAGAAUAAACGAGCCAUUAAAACACAACAAAACACAACGAAAAAAAACAACAAAACACACCUUAAACCCGCCAGUCGAAGCACAGUGACAGCAAAGCACAAGGAAUGCUUUAUAACCCCCUCUUGUUUAGUUACUAAGCUUGUUUAGAGUCCCAUAACUGUUUCAACUUGACUAUUAUUAUUUUUUUCUUAACAACGCGUCUGUGUGUGUUUUUUUUGCUUUGUUUUUAAAAGCAAAGGCGGAGAGGAGAUGAAUUAUAAUUUGUAGUUAUUUUUUUUUAAUGUAUUGUUUUUAUUUUCGCUUUUGUAUUUCACUGUGAGUUUCAAAAACAAAACUGGCGGAUUAUCGCGAUUUCUAGUUCUUGUCGGGGAUGGGGAGUCGAUGAGAGCGUCGUUUGUUUUUGUUUUUUUUUUGUUAUUUUAAGUUAAGUUUAAAACAUUUGAAGAAACAAAACAACGUACAGGGGUGUUGGUUGUUCGCUAGAGGAACGAAUUGGAGGACGAGAGUUUCGUUUCUGGAGUAAAAAAAAAAACAGAACUGGUGCAGUCUUUUAAAACACAAAAACAAAGAGGAGUGAGGAGACGGAAGACAGUAGAAGCCCGGUCACAAGGCUCUCUGGGCGGGAUUGAACGAUCAGGAAAAGCCGAGGCGGCGAGGAAGCUGCGAGGCCGCGAGAUAGGCUAAGAUGGCGGCGGCGGCGGCGGCAGCGACGGACUCCAGCAACCCGACAGGAUCUUCUGGGUCUAGGAAAAUGACUGCUACAGAGGGACCGAGCUCCUCCGGACUGCACAGCCAGCUGUCAAUGAAGAGGCUCGGACACAGAGGAGUCGACCCGACCGGGGAAACCACGUACAAGAAGACCACCUCCUCAGCCCUGAAGGGGGCCAUUCAGCUGGGCAUCACUCACACCGUGGGCAGCUUGAGUCAGAAGGCGGAGCGGGACGUGCUCAUGCAGGACUUUGAAGUCGUGGAGACAAUAUUCUUCCCGGGCGAGGGCAGUAACCUGACCCCAGCGCAUCACUACAGCGACUUCCAGUUCAAGACAUACGCACCAAUCGCCUUCCGCUACUUCAGAGAGCUCUUCGGAAUCAGACCGGACGACUACCUGUACUCCCUGUGUAACGAGGCCCUGAUCGAGCUCUCUAACUCGGGAGCCAGCGGCUCCGUCUUCUACGUCUCCAGUGAUGACGAGUUCAUUAUCAAGACGGUGCAGCACAAGGAGGCAGAGUUUCUGCAGAAGCUGCUUCCUGGAUACUACAUGAACCUCAACCAGAACAAGCGGACCCUGCUGCCCAAGUUCUACGGGCUGUACUGCGUCCAGGCCGGGGGGAAGAACAUCCGGAUCGCGGUGAUGAAUAACCUGCUGCCCCGCUCAGUCCGCAUGCACCUCAAGUACGACCUCAAGGGCUCCACCUGCAAGAGGAGAGCCUCGGCCAAGGAGCGCGACAAGAAGCUGCCCACCUUCAAGGACCUGGACUUCCUGCAGGACGUCCCGGACGGGCUCUUCCUGGACUCUGACAUGCACAACGCCCUGUGCAAGACCAUGCAGCGGGACUGCCUGGUGCUGCAGAGCUUCAAGAUCAUGGACUACAGCCUGCUGCUCGGGGUGCACAACCUGGACGCGGCGCGGAGGGAGCGGGAGGCCCAGGCGGCCCGGGGGAGGCUGGAGGGGGGGGUCUCCACCGACCAGCGCAAGCCAGUGGGGCAGAAAGCGCUGUACUCCACCGCCAUGGAGUCCAUCCAGGGGGAGGGGCUGGAGGGACGCACCAUGGAGACGGACGACCAGAUGGGAGGCAUCCCGGCUCGAAACUCCAAGGGGGAGCGACUCCUCAUCUAUAUCGGCAUCAUCGACAUCCUGCAGUCCUACAGGCUUAUUAAGAAGUUGGAGCAUUCGUGGAAGGCACUGGUGCAUGACGGGGACACGGUCUCGGUGCACAGACCCGGGUUCUAUGCAGAACGAUUCCAGAGGUUCAUGUGCAGCUCCGUCUUCAAGAAGAUCCCGUUGAAGCCCUCCCCCUCGAAGAAGAGCCGGAGUGGGGGCAUGGCCGGCACGCGGAGGGCCCCCCCAGGUGCCUCGGGGGCCGCUGGCUCCUCCGUACCCCCCCAGUCGGGUGUCGAGGGCAGGCUGGUGUACCAGCCUCACUUCCAGCAGGUCACUACCGAGGCUGAGGUGGAACCAGGCAUGCACUCUGGCCCCCCGGACCUGCUCCCGAGGACCCUUGUCCUAGACGAAGCUGCCAGCGUCUCCGUGACGACCACGCUGUCCAGCUCCUCCCUGGGGAGCGAGGGGCUGCACUCCCCCACACAGAGGUUUGUCGGGGUGGAGGUGCACAAGCCUGCAAACACAGAACCGGAUCGGAACAGAACCCCCGUCGUCUCCCCCGGCAACGUGGCCCGCAGCUCGCCUGGCGCCCCCUCGAGUCAAGAAGACGCGGUUUCACUGAACGAGAUCCAACCGCAGACCUGCAUCCGCCUGAUGGUGCUGGAAAGUACUAUGGUCUGUGUGGAUAACAGCGAGUACAUGCGCAAUGGAGACUUCCUGCCCACCAGGCUGCAGGCGCAGCAGGACGCUGUGAACAUCGUGUGCCACACGAAAACACGGAGCAACCCCGAGAACAACGUGGGGCUCAUCACCCUCGCCAAUAACUGUGAGGUGCUGACCACUCUGACCCCCGACACAGGGAGAAUCCUCUCCAAGCUUCAUGCCGUGACCCCCAAGGGAAAGAUCACCUUCUGUACCGGUAUUCGAGUGGCCCAUCUGGCUCUGAAACACCGGCAGGGCAAGAAUCACAAGCUGAGGAUCAUCGCGUUUGUGGGGAGUCCGGUGGAGGACAGUGAGAAGGAUCUGGUGAAAAUGGCGAAACGGUUGAAGAAAGAGAAAGUGAACGUGGACAUCAUCAAUUUUGGGGAGGAGGAGCUGAACACAGAGAAGCUCACCUCCUUCAUCAACACCCUGAAUGGGAAGGACGGGACGGGCUCUCACCUGGUCACCGUGCCCCCGGGACCCAGCCUGGCCGACGCCCUCAUCAGCUCCCCCAUCCUGGCCGGGGAGGGGGGUGCCAUGAUGGGGCUGGGGGCCAGCGACUUCGAAUUCGGGGUGGACCCCAGCGCGGACCCCGAGCUCGCUCUGGCUCUGCGUGUUUCCAUGGAGGAGCAGAGGCAGAGGCAGGAGGACGAGGCGCGGAGAGCAGCAGUCACAUCCGCAGCAGAGGCAGGGAUCCCAACACCCACUGGAGACGAGUCGGACGAGGCUCUGCUGCAGAUGGCGGUGAGACAGCCGGAGAGCAGUGGCCCCGGGCUGCCUGACUUCAGCAGCAUGAGUGAGGAGGAGCAGAUCGCCUACGCCAUGCAGAUGUCUCUCCAGGGGGCAGAGUAUGGCCCGGGUGAGUCUGCUGCCAUGGACACCGGAGCUGCGAUGGACACAUCAGAGCCACACAAGGAGGAGGAUGAUUAUGAUGUGAUGCAGGACCCCGAGUUUCUGCAGAGCGUCCUGGAGAACCUGCCGGGGGUGGACCCCAACAACGAGGCCAUCCGCAACGCCAUGGGCUCGCUGGGGACCCCCAAAGAGAGCGGCGCCGGGGGGGCCAAGAAAGAGAAGGAGGAGGAGGAAGAGGAGGACAAGAAGAAAUAAACAGCCCGGCCCGGCCCGGCCCGGCCCGCUGUCCUUCUGGAACUAAUUAUUAAUCAUCCGAAUAUAAACUUUUUUUUUUUUUUUUUUUGAGGACUUUAUUAUUUGUUUAUUGUAUAAAAAAAAAUAAAAAAAUGUUUUAAAAAAAGAAAGAAAAAAAAUACAUAAUACUACAUUAAAAAAACAACAACAUGGCCUCGUUCUGAA